GCAACAGGAGAAACUUUCCAAGAACCAGAAUGCCGAGCCCUUGCCUUCCUCACAUUCACAUUGCCAGGCCUGCCUGGUUGCCGUUGCUUAGUCCUUAAGGCCAGAAGGGUCCCCCAGAAGAGCCACAACCAUGAGCAGCAACCUCUCCUUCUCGGAGUUGAUCAACCUGGCCAUCGGGACACCGGAGCUGGGCCAUGUCAACUUCAACGCCCUCCACGUCCUGCUGCAAGGCAUCCUUGAUCACCUCCACCUGACCGAUGUCAAGAAGGAGGUCACAGCCGAGGAGAUGGACUUUAUUCGCACGCCAAAUCUCACCCCCUCAACUGAGAGCAUCACACCAGCCAAGAAGUCCAGUUCCCUCUUCCACCAGCUUCACGAGCGCAUGGCGGCCCUGGAGCGUCGGCUCAACUUCCUGGAGAGCACGCCGGACACAGAGCAGCUCCUGGAGCGCAGCCAGGGCCCAGCACGUCCGGCCCAGGAGAUGUAUCAGAUGAUGCAGCUGCAGAAGAAGAUGGAGCUCAACGAGGAAGCCAUGAACAAGGCCAUGAAGACUUUGCAGGAUCUCCUGAGCAACGUCUACUCCCUUCGAGCGGCAACCACCAACGUGGGGGAAGAGCUGGGGCUGCUGAAGAACAACUUCACCAAUCUCGGCAUUGAGGAAAUGAAGGAGCGGCUCCAGCAACUGGACCUGAAGGCUGGGAUGUUGGAAAGAAUCCCGGGGGAACCGGUUGAAGGGAAGGAGAAGAUUACCGAGGCCACCGAUACUUCGGACCUGGUCCACUGGAGUUCCCUGUGUGAGAUGUUGACUGGCAAGAGCUUCUCGGAGGAGGAAAAGGAAUGCCGCCUGAGGUGCUCCGAGGAGAUGCUGGCUACCCUGGUCCAGCUGCCAGAGAAGCAGGAGGCCCUCCAGUCCCAGAUCCAGGCGAUGGAGGGGCGGCUCAAGCAGCAGGUGGUGCCUGCAGCUGUUCCGGAUAUGACGGCCGAACUGAAGCUGCUGAUGGAACAAAUGGAUAGGCUGAAGCUUCAGGAGGAGCAGAGGCGGGAGUCCCUGAAAGCGGCCAUGGAGAAGGUGGAGCAGCUGAAGGAACACUGCGAGAAGCUGCAGCGAGGGGUGGACCGCCUGACCAAGGGCACCUCCGACAUGGAGGCCAUGCGCGUAAUGCUGGAGCAGCUGGACAUCACCAAAGCAGACAAGGCCCUGAUCAAGGAGGAGAUGAAUGUGAAAGCGGACAAGAGCGCCCUGGAGGCAAAGGUCAACCACGGAGAGCUGAAGUCGGCCACAACUCAGCUGAGUGAGAUGAUGCAGGAUUUGCUGCAGAAGAUGUCCCUCCAGGAUAAGGACUGGCAGAAGGCCCUGGAGAAGCUCUUCACCGACAUGGACUGCAAGCUGGACCGCAUGGCCCUGGACCCCUUAAGCCAGCAGCUGGAGGAAGUCUGGAGGUUCAUCAAGAAGUUCCUGAGCGAAGGGCCCCGUUUUGAUGCCGACAGUGCCGCUGGCUUCAAGAAGCAGCUCUUUGAGAGAGUGAAGUGCAUCUCCUGCGACCGGCCAGUGAACAUGGCAACCGGGCCGCACAUGAUCACUGUCCGCAAGGUGCCCCUGAGGCCCCGUCCGGCCAGCGCCAAUGGCUAUGAAUAUCUGACUCAACCGCAGAGGAAGGAUCUGGAGGCAGCCGAAAUGGGCUCCGGGGCGGCUCCUGUGCAGACCUGCUGGCAGUGCCAGGCCCACCACCAGGCCUGCACCCUCAAGCGCCACUCCCGCUCCCAGGACCUGGGCACCGUCUUCCCCUAUGGAGACCCCUCGGCCCUCACCUACGACCAUACCGAAGUGGACAUCCUUGGCGUGAAUGGGGUCCUGUACAAAGGUCGGCUGAGCUCUGAGGCCGGGGAGCGGGCUCUGGCCAUCCAAAGAGAGUUUGCAGCCGUGAAGGUGCGCCGCCCAAUGACCCGGAUGGAGAGAGCACGCUCGGCAUUUGCAGACGUCAGUGCCUCACCUUAUGCAGCAGCCUCUCCCAGCCGCCGGAUCGGGAGCACUCCCAACGGGGGCCACCGCCGAGGAGAGCACCCACCGGGAGAGACCCUGGAUGCCCCCUUGACCAAUCUGGCCACCAGCAUCAGCCAGACCCACGUCCCCAAUGGUGGAGGGAUGUCCGGCCUAUGAGAAGGGGCCUCCUUUUUGGAUGAUAGGUCCCUCAUACCCCCCCCCCCCUCUAUAUGACUGUAAAUAGAAGAAUGUUUUGAACGAGGAAAUGUAGAUCCAUAAAAUUGAGUUAUUCCUUUUUCAAA